UUAAUGUCUGAGCAAACACUCAAUUCCGCUUGUUUGUUUGUUUGUUUUCCUGGUUGGUUUUAAAUUUUUGAAAAAAUACGCAUCACUUUUAAAGGGUAUAAAAAUAUAUAAAAAUACAUUUAGUGUAGUGUGAGCUGGUGUUAUCAUUUCAGAGAAAUGAAAUUUCCAAGUGUUGCCUGUUUCUUCUUCCUUACUGUUGCCCUACUCCAGUCAUGUCUAAGCAGGCGAUUGAUUGGCGGUAAACGACCUGUUGACAAUGUGAACAGUGAUAACAUGAAGAAGGCUGUUGAAAGUGCUGUGUACGCUUACAAUCAAAAAGUAAAUAGUAAACAAUGGUUUACUGAUAUUGAGGUGAAAGAUGCUAAGACUCAGACAGUUUCUGGUAAACAAUAUCACUUCAAACUACAUCUUAAACCUAGUCCAUGUGACAAGAAGGAAACACUGGGACUGAUGAAAAAUGGAAACAAAGUUCAUUGUAUAGGAAAUCCGGAUGUUGAAGGUGUAGUAUGCGAUGCUAAGGUCGUACACCAACCAUGGCGCAAAGUUCAGUAUAAAGCUUCCCUGUCUAAAUGUCAUUCAGAUAAAGCCCCAAAGAAGACAGGAAAAGAGAGUCAAAAACAUGAUGGAAAGAAAAAGAAUAAUAAUAACGAUAAACAUGGAAAGAAACAUUAAUCACUGAAGAACUGUGCAGCUCAUGGAAGAUCAAGAGAGAAAAAAAGAAUGAGGAUGUAAUACGUAUUUGUGACUGUGGUUUUUUAAACUGUUUACUUAACAAUACACAUAUACUGUUAACUAACAA